UUUAAUUCCAUAAUCACAACAAGUUGGAAAAAAUCAAUCCAAAUAAGUGUUUUUGUCAAAAGACCAAUUCAAUAUUGAUUCAUUCAUAUACUAACCUCGUGCGAUCGAGAGCUAAAGCUAAUUGCAAUAAAUCUCUUUGUAAUUUAAGUAAUCCUUAAAAAAAAACUAUACAAAAUGCCUCUUACCGAGAUUAUCGCAGGGGCUGCUCUUGGACUUGCUCUCCAAAUCCUUCACGAGGCCAUCCAAAGAGCAAAAGAUAGAUCCUUAACCACAAGUUGUAUCUUGGACCGUCUCGAUUCUACAAUCUUGAGGAUCACUCCACUGAUGGCUAAGGUCGAAAAGCUCAACAAAGAAUCCGAUGAAUCUCUGAGGAAAGUCUUCGAAGAUCUUAAACAUCUUCUCGAGAAAGCCGUGGUUCUUGUCGAAGCUUAUGCGGAGCUCAAACGCAGAAACUUACUUGGAAAAUAUAGGUACAAGAGAAGAAUCAAAGAGUUAGAAGGUUCAUUGAAAUGGAUGGUAGAUGUUGACGUUAAAGUCAAUCAAUGGGCAGAUAUCAAAGAUCUUAUGGCCAAGAUGUCUGAAAUGAACACUAAACUUGAAAAAAUCAUGGGUCAACCAAUAGAUUGUAUUAUAUCUGAAGAUAAUACUAAUAUGGACAUAGUCGAAAGAGUUGAUCCAUCAUUGGAAGCAAAAGCUGGAUGCUCAAAUAGCGAUUCUAAGCCGAAGAUCGAUAUCCACCUUCGAUGGAGCAAGCAAAGCAAAGAUCACGGAAUUCGCUUCGUUUUGAAUUAGUUUUUUUUUUGAUGUGGUAUGUGUCAUAGACCAGCAAAAUUGAGAAAGAAAAUAAUCAAAUGUAAAAAAAAAAAAAAAAUUAUACUUACGAAUAUUGUGUUAUCAACUUAUCAUACAUAUAACGCCUGCUUGUAUAAACAAAAAAGAAGAUUGGUUCCAAC